CGUCAAAAACUAUCAUCAAAACUGUCAGACCAAAUGCAAAAUAGUGUAUGUGAUAAAUAUUUAUACGCACUAACAUGCGAACGAAUUGGUAUAGGCUUUGGUAUAGGUAUACGUGCCGUAUAUAAUCAUGUGUAAAUAAAAUUGCGCAUACACGCAACACGUAUACCUAUGAACGUUAUUAUCUUUUUCUCACUUUGCGAUAAGGUUAAUUUGAAACUCGUUAUAUAAUUAUUCAAGUGAAAAUUACUCAAUAAUUAUUAUUUAUAAUAUUAUAUUUUAACACAUAUGUAUGUUAUGAUUCCGCGAAGAUGUUCAAUAUGGACAUCAAUUCGUCGCUUUUCUUCUGAACAUCAAUUCAAAAAAUUCUCCGCCAAGGACAUUAAACUGCUUCAGGUAGUCAACAACUAUCAUAGCAAAAGAUAUAUUCAUAGUGAACGGUUAUUCGUUCCUUACAGUGUAAGAAUGACCUCGACGACGGUGAAAGGUGAACCUUCUGAAAGUAAAACCCAAAAUAAAUUGGCAUUUGAGAAGUCUCCUUACCUUUUGCAACAUGCAACAAAUCCUGUUCAUUGGUUUCCUUGGGGUGACGAGGCAAUCGAAAAGGCUCGGCGUGAAGACAAGCUUAUAUUUCUGUCAGUUGGAUAUUCCACCUGUCAUUGGUGCCAUGUCAUGGAGCGGGAAUCCUUUGAAAAUCCUGAAAUCGCGCGUGUUAUGAAUCAGUUUUUCGUCAAUGUGAAAGUUGAUCGUGAGGAGAGACCUGACAUUGACAAAAUAUAUAUGACUUUUAUUCAAGCUAUUUCUGGACACGGUGGAUGGCCAAUGAGCGUAUUUUUGACCCCCGAAUUGACCCCUGUUACAGGAGGAACCUAUUUUCCCCCUGUCGACAAGUAUGGUCAACCUGGUUUUAAAACUGUAUUGACGACUGUUGCACACAAAUGGAUUGAGAGCAGGAGUGAUGUAUUAAAUUCUGGCAACAGAAUCCUUGAAGUAUUGAAGCGAUCCGUUGGUGUGGAAAGUCUACAUAAAGAAGCAGCUGAGCCAUCAGUUGAUUGUGGAUUAAAUUGCGUGCAGCAAUUGGCAGGCAGCUAUGAUAACGAAUUUGGCGGAUUUACAGACGCCCCAAAGUUUCCCCAGCCAGUUAAUUUGAACUUUCUAUUUCACGCCUACUCGAGGGAUCCGUCAAGCGAAUCUGGCAAGGAAUGCUUGAAUAUGUGUUUAACUACUCUUACCAAAAUGGCUAAUGGAGGGAUUCAUGAUCACAUUGGUCAGGGGUUCUCACGAUACUCUGUAGAUGGUAAAUGGCAUGUACCACAUUUUGAGAAAAUGUUAUAUGAUCAAGCUCAACUUCUACGGUCCUAUGCAGAUGCUUUUGUUAUAACAAAAGAUACUAUAUUUGCUGAUAUUGUCGACGACAUUGUCACAUAUGUUACCCGAGAUCUGCGUCACCAGGCAGGUGGAUUCUAUAAUGCAGAGGAUGCAGAUUCGUUACCUUCUCACGAUUCUCGGGAAAAAAAAGAAGGUGCAUUUUACGUGUGGACUUACGGAGAUAUAAAAAGUCUCCUUGGGAAACCCAUUCCCGGAAAAAAAGACUUGGAAUUAUCGGAUCUAUUUGCUUUUCACUACAAUGUUAAGCCUGAGGGGAAUGUUGGUCAUUUGCAAGAUCCUCACGGAGAGCUGAAGGGACAGAAUGUACUGAUAGCCUACGGCAGUUUGGCCGAGACUGCCGAGCAUUUUGAUUUAAGCUUCGAAGAUGUGAAUAAUUAUUUGCAAAAGGCUCGUGAAAUAUUGUACCAAGUCAGAUUGAAGAGGCCCAGGCCUCAUCUGGACGACAAGAUAGUUACAUCAUGGAAUGGAUUAAUAAUCAGCGGAUUGUCAAGAGCUGGUUUUGCAUUGAACAACAAGAAUUACAUAGAGUUUGCUGUGAAGGCGGCUGCCUUUGUUGAACGUUACUUAUUUGACGCGGAGAACGGCUUGUUAUUACGUAGCUGUUACAAUGGGGGAGGAGGUACAAUUACUCAAACGAGUGUACCGAUAAAUGGAUUUCACGGUGAUUACUCUUUCAUGGUCCAAGGGUUGCUCGAUUUAUACGAAGCAACGCUGGACACGCACUGGCUUGAAUUUGCUGAAAAAUUGCAGGAUAUACAGGACAAUUUGUUCUGGGAUCCUGUAGCUGGCGGUUAUUUUGCUACAACCGAGGAAGAUCGCACAGCAAUUCUAAGGCUUAAAGAUGAUCACGACGGAGCCGAACCGUCAAGUAAUUCUAUAGCGUGCAGAAAUUUGUUACGAUUGAACGCCUACCUCGAUCAUGCGGAGUUCAACGAUAAAUCUUCCAAAAUACUAAUUGCAUCCAGAGAAUCUCUUACGCGUGUUCCCGCUGCUCUACCGGAACUCGUGUCUGCUCUGCUACAUUACCACGAUUCAAUGACGCAGAUCUACGUGGUUGGUAAAAAGGACGCUGCAGAUACGACACUGCUAUUGAAUGUUAUUCGUGAGAAAUUUGUUCCCGGACGGGUACUACUCUUAGUUGAUCACCAAGAUCCGGAGAAUAUUUUAUUUCGCAAAAGCAAAGUUAUCCUCAACAUGAAGUCUCUCAACAAUAGAGCAACGGUCUACGUAUGUCAUCGUCACGUUUGUUCGCUACCAGUUACAGAACCGGAUCAGCUUGCCAGGCUUCUUGACGCAAAACCAUAGAUCAACAAUCCGCAGGGAAUUGGUAAUUGAUUAGGAAAUUAUUUGUUAGUUGAGGGAAUUUGCGGAUUACAUUGCAUGCUCGGUAGUUUUGCACGUGCGAAAAUUUAAAGCAGCUAAGGUUCGAGCGUUUAAAGACUUGAACUUCGUGUAUACAUAUGCGUAUAACGUUUCCGAUUAGAACAUGGUCAAGACGUGGUGGUUUAUACGGUUCUAAAAUUAGGGUGCUUCAACGGGCGCCGUUGCGAUGCGCUACAAUUUUGUUUAUAUGACUGCCUCUAGGAAAAUAUUUUGGGCUUCGUAUCAUCUUAUGGAUUGCUGCUGGCCGAUGCCGCUGCCGAUCCUCGCAAUAACAUUACGUCUAACGGAAGAAAAUGCUUCGGAGAAUUUUCCGAAUUUACGUGGGAACGAUGAAAAGUUGGAAUUUUACGUGACGGACGACGAUUCCGGUACAGGAUAUGAAUAGCAUUCUUCGAGUCGCGGAAUGCAACGUCCGUCGCUCCGAGAAGUCGUUUCAGAUCAGAGUGUAGGAAAGAAAUUUUUCUCCAAAAGCCAAGACCCUGAGAUUUAACGUAACUUGAGCUUAAUGUGAAAUAUUAUUAUCAAAGCGCGUGAUAAAAAUUCUCAAUCCAAACGAUCGGAUUAACUCUAUAAAAGAAAUACCACCGCGACUUAAUUUCUAGCGUGACGUAAUGCAGAAACUGUUCUUAGACACGUUUUAUUGCGGAAUAAAUUAUUUUCACAUCAACAAUACGGUGUGUAAACUGGG